AUGACUUUCGAGCACGGGGCAGAUCAUGCCGGUCCUGCUACUGGUGACGACAAGUCUAUUUACAAGCAAAACUCGGAGGAGGUCUUUGUUACUGGAUCUGGAGACCAUGAUGCUGUCUACGGUGUCGGCGGUGUCGGUCACACACAUCGCAGACUAAAGGCACGACACGUCACAUUCAUCGGUUUCGGUGGCGGUAUUGGAACGGGUCUCUUCGUUGGUACCGGAAGUGCUCUGGCCAACGCAGGACCCCUUGGUCUUCUGCUGGCUUACUCUGUCGUCGGUCUGAUCUUGUGGUGUGUUAUGGAGUCCAUUGGCGAAAUCGCAACUCUGUUUCCUACUGCUGGAUCAUUCCCUCAUUUCGCAACUCGCUUUGUAGACCCUGCUCUUGGUUUCACUCUGGCCAUUUCUUACGGAUACUGUUACACUAUCGCUAUUGCUUCCGAAGUCUCUGCCGCAGCAGUUGUGGUAUCGUACUGGACCGACAUAACUCCAGCCGUAGUCAUCACAGUCGGUCUCGCCGCGAUCCUGGCUAUCAACUUGUUGAACGUCAAAUUCUUCGGUGAAGCCGAAGUCAUCACCGCAUCCAUCAAGAUCCUGUGCUUCUUGGGUUUGGUGAUUGUGGCCAUCGUCAUCACUUCCGGAGGUGCACCUGACCAUGAGUCUAUCGGUUUCAGAUACUGGAGGAAUCCCGGACCUUUCACCGACUACAACGGCAUCAAGGGAAACACUGGCCAUUUCUUGGCGUUCUUCAGCGCCUUCAUCAAUGCCAGUUUCUCCUACAUCGGUGUCGAGACCGUCAUCGUCGCAGCCGCCGAGACCAUGAACCCCCACAAAGCUAUUCCCAAGGCUGUUCACCGUGUUACCUACCGUAUUCUCUUCUUCUACGUCUUGGGCACGCUUCUCAUCGGAAUGAUUGUCCCUUCUAACGAUCCCAACCUUACUUCUGGUACUGGAAACGCAAACUCGUCUCCUUGGGUUAUUGCCAUCAAGAACUCUGGUAUCACAGCCUUGCCUUCCGUUGUCAACGCUUGUAUCCUGGUCUCCGCCUGGUCAGCUGGAAACAGCUACUGCUACGUCGGUUCGCGCAUGCUCGUCGCCCUUGCCGCGGAUCGCCAGAUGCCUCAAUUCUUCGCCAAGGUCAACCGUCAAGGUGUACCUUACUGGGCUGUCCUCGCUUCAUUCGCAUUUGGACCUCUUGCCUAUCUCUCGCUUGGCUCGGGUGGUGCUUCUCAGGCUUUCACCUGGCUGCUCAACCUUAGUACCGUUGCAGGUCUGCUCGCCUGGAUGACUCUCUGCAUCUGCUACAUCCGUUUCCACCACGCCUGCAAGGCCCAGAACAUCGACCGCAACACUCUACCUAUGAAAGGUCGUCUCCAACCCCUCGCCGCUUACGUUGGCGCCAUCGGCAGCGGUAUCAUCACCCUCUUCUCUGGCUUCAGCGUGUUCCUCAAGGGAAACUGGGACACCGGCUCUUUCUUCGCCUCGUACAUUGGCAUUGCCAUUUACAUUGUGCCGUACGUAGUGUGGAAGAUUGUGAAGAAGACAAAGAUCGCCAGAGCUAGCGAGAUUGACUUGAUCUCUGGUCGCUUUGACCCCAGAGGUGCGGUCCACGAAAAGGUUCCCGUGACCAAGUGGGAGAAGUUUUUGGAUUGGUUGUUCUGA